CCGGUCACGUACUAGCGCUCAUUACUCCAUACACGAUGUCGUCGUUAGGUGGAUACGAUGCUAAUCCGAAGGCACCUGAUAUACCGGCCAGAAUGCUGACCAAGGCUGUAUAUUUACCGCUAGUGGGUGUACUCCUGGCUUGGAGUCUCGUCGGAGGGGUACUACAUGGAGGAGGCUUGGAUCAAUCAUCGUACGGCUACCGUUUUCUAACGAGCACCUGGGCUCUCUUCAUUGGUGGUUUCUUAAUAGCUGGGAUCCCAUUCAUGCUAGCCCCGCCGUACGUCAAGUUGACCCAUGAUGCGCGCGAAUGGCUGACAUGGCUGUGUCUAUUUUGCAGUGCAAUGGUAGGACUCAGAUGUGUCGAGUCGUAUGGUUUUGAUCUGCUGCACAAGGAGAGGCAUGCGUAUGUGCAAUUCCUAUCAGAGAAGAUCUUUGAUUGUGAAGCGGCGAUAGUGGAGCACCCCACCGUGAAGUACGUCUACAUCAUGUCUGGUACAUGUCCGUAUGAUCUUGAGACUAUACUGUGGGAAAACAUCUACGAGUGGAGCCUUAUGAUGCUGCUGCCACUCUCUUUCGUACUCCCCACGUCACGUCGCUCUAUUGCACUGCUAUUCAACUUAAUCUUUUUAGCCAGUGGUGCUCUCUUCCUGCACAUCAUUCCAUCAGUGUACUACCUGCGGUAUGUUCCUGGUGUGGCGAGUAGUGCUAUGUUAAACUUGCCCUUCGCUCUGUAUGGGAUCUACACACUGUACGCUUCCGAUCUCGUCAAUGGGAACCACAUCAUGCUUGGCACGAUCGUUGCUGGCCCCUUAGGCUUGGCCGUGAUCAAAUAUCUGCCUGUGGUCCUGUUCCGGGAAGCGUUCAUUGGUAAAGAGCUACAGCACAAUCUCAUUGUAUGUUUGAGUUGUGGUCUGCCCCUGAUGAGUAUAUUCCUUACGCCCACGCCUACUGCUGUGGGGUGUGCAAAUCGGGGUGGAACGGAUCUGAAAGACGGGAAGAAACGCAUAUAAAUUAGAAUUAGAUACGAUGUCUGUACAGAUUUAGACGGAGAAGUAUAUAUGGAUAUUGAUUAUCGAGAAGUAUACAUGGAUUUUGAUUAUAAAGAUGGAUAUGCGGAUAUCAAUUCGCGCUGAUCCAACUGGCCACUAUUGGUCGCCGCGCUGGUUCUUUCAAAUACGAAACGCUUGCUUUACGAUCUAGAUCAGCAGCCUUGUGGUUUUUCACUCCGGUUUUUAUGGCAUAUCACACUAAUAAAACUGACAGAUAGGCAGCAAACGUUAAUAAACAACGUUCACAGCAAAUGUU